AUGAAUCUGAAAGAUUUGAAAACACUUGCUCUCCAACGUGGCUUAUUGAUCACUCCUUUUGAUCGAGAAUCAAUUGUAAUACGAUUGAUUCUAUAUGACAUAUAUUGGUCUGAAAAGUUUGAAACUAAAGAUACAUUGGAAAAAUCGAAUACGAGUGAUCAUGAAGAAGAGGAUGAUUAUGAUUAUUACAAUUUUGAAAAAGAAUCAGAACUUGUCCCGGAACCACGAGUUGUAGAAUAUCCCCCGCAAGAUCUUAUAGUAAAUCAGGACCUACCUACCGAAAAUGCUGAGGAACCAGUUCCAGAAUCCACAAGUCCGGACGAAACCUACAAGGAACACGCAGAAAGUAUUGAAUCAAACGAUGAAAUAGACAUAUUUGCAGUGUAA